AUACACACACACACACACUCUGGCGCUCAGUAUUUGGCUGAGAGACAGACCUUUUUCUGCCAGAGGAUCACAUAGUGCAGAGGAGACUGUUGGUUUAUUGAUCCUCAAACUCAGCUCCAGAAGAGGAAUGAGGGACAGGGAGACAGAGUCAUGCCCAGCAGGAAUGCUGCUGUUUGGAGGAGAACAUAGCUUCAUCUGACCUCAAGACAAAUGGGACCUGUAAUGUUAUUUAUAUAGAGAAACCUGUUAACUUUGUCCCACGCUUGUUCAGGAUGUCAAUGGAACGGAGGGCAUUGCUGGAACAGAAGCAGCGGCGGAAGCGUCAAGAACCUCUGAUGGUCCAGCCCAACACAGAGGCUCGGCCUCGGCGCUCCAGGACACGGCGCAAUGAGGAGCAGGCCCCACUGGUGGAGUCUCAACUCAGUGUCAUCAACGAUGUCAUCAUGGAUGGUAUUGAUGGCCCAGCAGCCUUCAUGGGCUCAGAAGCCCCUGAUCUGGGAAUGAAAAUCCAAAUCCUGUCUGUGAGCCAGUCCCAGUCCCAGCCCCAGUCCCAGUCCCAGUCUCAGUCUCAGUUCCAACUUCAAUCCCAGCCCCAGUCUCCUGCUGCUGAGGAACCCGAGCGAGAUGGAGACACUGAGACAUUGCUAGAGCCCAAGACGGAUAUCCAUGAAUUACUGCAGAAACAAGGUCUGUCUGGCAGUAUGAACUUCGAUGAAGCCAGCGAGCAUGAGGAUGAUGUGGAGGAAGAACGGUCACGUUCUCUGUCCCCUCACACGGACACCACAAGACCUGCCUCUGCUGCCAGUGGCAAGGAUGUUUCAGAGGUUGUAACCCCAGGAUCACCCACAGCAGAGAGCUCGCUCAUUGAUGUGGCUAAUCUGGAGGAGUUUGUCCUGCGUCCAGCUCCACGUGGCAUCACUGUUAAAUGUCGAAUCACUCGGGACAAGAAGGGUAUGGACCGUGGCCUCUAUCCCACCUACUUCAUGCACAUGGAGAGAGAGGAUGGCAAGAGGGUGUUUCUGCUGGCAGGAAGGAAGAGGAAGAAAAGUAAGACGUCCAACUACCUUAUUUCAGUGGAUGCCACUGAUCUGUCACGAGAGGGAGAGAGCUUCAUCGGUAAACUGAGGUCCAACCUCAUGGGCACCAAAUUCACAGUUUACGACAACGGCACCAAUCCCUGCAAAAACCCCGGGGCUCUGCUGGAAGAGAGCAACACACGACAGGAACUGGCUGCCAUCUGCUAUGAAACCAACGUGCUGGGAUUCAAGGGACCACGCAAGAUGACUGUAAUCAUCCCGGGCAUGAACAUGAACUUUGAAAGAGUUCCCGUAAGACCUCAGAAUGAGCAGGAGAGUCUCCUCAGCAGGUGGCACAGUCACUCACUGGACAACCUGAUAGAGUUACACAACAAGGCCCCGGUGUGGAACGAUGACACGCAGUCUUAUGUGCUCAACUUCCACGGCCGUGUCACUCAAGCUUCAGUCAAAAACUUUCAAAUAGUUCACGACAACGACCCUGACUACAUUGUCAUGCAGUUCGGCAGAGUGGCUGAAGACAUCUUCACGCUGGACUACAACUACCCCAUGUGUGCUCUUCAAGCCUUUGCCAUUGGCCUUUCGAGCUUUGACAGCAAGUUGGCCUGUGAAUGAACCACGAGUUUUACUUCCACGCCCGCACCUCUCCCACCUGUCCUCAGAUCUCUUCUCACGGAGAAGUCGACAAGCCACACUGCUUACAUCAUCAGGAAUCAGUUCACAAAAGGUGAAAGGAAACACACGAGGCUGACACAAGGACGUUUGUCAGGUGCUCUGUUGGCAAAUCCAACAACUCUCUUUUUUUCAUGCUAUUUUACACUUUUACUGCAUUAUUUCAAUAUCAUUUAUACAUGAUGGGUACAUCAUGUACAGUAUAUGUGUAUAUGUACAUAUGUAUACAAACUAAGAGGGAAAAACAAAGUAAAGCACAUGGCUCUCAUCUGUGCUGGAGACAGGUGCUCUUAUUAGACAGUGCACAAAGAUGUUAAAGGCUUAUGUUAAAUGUAUGGCCCUGUUUGAAGAUAUGUGAUAGCUGUGUUAAUCGUAUCAUUUCUGUUGCCUUUAAAUUUCAUCAGCGAAUUUCUAAGAUGUUAAUGGCAGCUUAGAUGUCACUCCACAAAGCAUAAACCAUUUUGAAUCACAAAACAACAGGACCUCUCCUCUGGUGCCACCUGCUGGCCAAACUUUAGAUUGUUUUUUUUGUUUUUUUUUAAAGUAAUGAUGAACUAAGAAAAGUGUUGUUUUGUUUUUCAUCCAUCCAACAUUUCCUUCUCUGGUGAAUAAUGAACUUUACAGUCUUGCCGCCAGUGUGGCUAUAAAAUUUUAAUCUUGUUUACGUCUUCAAAUGUGACUGUAUAAUUUAAUCUGCCAUCUACACCAUCUACUAAUUUUGACAUCAUUCUCUAUUAUAAUGUUGUCAUCCUUCUUUUUUAUUCUUGUGUGGAAGGUGCAUUAUUCAGAACAGACCUGUCUUAUGUUUGUUUGUUUUUUUGUUUUUGUGAUUGUGUAAUUUUUAUCUUGUGACUGUGAUUUGCCUUUGUUUUAAAGUGGGAUUACCAUAAAAAGAAAUCUAACAUGGAAUUGCACAAUUUAAGAGAAGAUAUAUAUAUAUACUAUAUAUAAAAGACAAGGUAAUGCCUUCUUAUUUGACUUAUUCUUGCUGUCCUUAACAUAAAAUGCUAAGUGUCAUUUCAAGAUAAGAAAUUUUAAAAUAAAGGAUGGAACUUAUGCAUUGAUACAUUAGCUAUAUCAUAUUAAUGGCUACAGUACAGUACAGAGAUCGCCUGACUGUCCACAUCUCGACUGGCUCAACAUCUAACUCUUCAUCUGCUCCCUUUUGAAUUAUAAAAAUUAAAAGUUAAGGGAAAAACAAUAAAGGGAAAUCAGUAAGGGGCAGUAUAGUUUACAAGAUGUUACGUCACCAUUUAAUGUCUCUAAUUGUCUAUUCAGUGCACUGUGUGUCUGUGAUAGAUGUGAUUGCUUUUGGGGCAGGCCUUCUCUGCUCUGGAUGGCCUGUCAAGAGCCUUACAUGAUUUAUACUGCUCCUUUACAUACAAACUCAAAUAUCUGGUUUUAAAGGAAUUAAUGUUAUAAAUAUUUUCAGAAUAACUGUGUGCCAGUAGUUUCUGGAAAUCCUGUUUUUUUACUCAAAAUAUUAUGAAGAAAGAGUGCAAUGGAGUUUUGAAGAGAGAAAAAAGAUGUGUAUAUUUUGAAAUAUAUACUUUUACUGCAAGAGACUUUGGUGAAACACAUUCCAGUCUGACAUUUGAAAACCAUACAAUCAGGUAUGUGGCUGUUUUUCAACAGAUAAAAAAUAUGACAAACUUGUUUAUCAUAUUAAUACAGUGAGAGAUGAAUGUAUUCAGUGAACACUUUAUUUUCAUAAACGUGACAGAUUUGAACACCAGAAAAACAAAAGUGCUUAUUUCCAUCAAUGUAAAACGUUUAAAUAACCAA